AGUCUAUAGAUCCCCAACUUCCAUUUCCCAAUCACCACGAAAACUCAAACACCACCGCAAAAUCGACCCUACCCGGAGACCAUUCAGCUGCGAGAACAUAGCAAACCAAAAAUUCCAAGCAUUCGGAGCUUGAAAAAGAAGAGAUCCAACAUAGAAUGUGUAAAUAAUUGGGAGAGUGCUCGACGUCGUGCUCAGCAGCAGGUGGAGAGUGCUCGACCGCGGAGAUCAGAAGAGAUUUCUCACUCUAAUUAGUUAUUAUAACUAUUUUUUGUAUGCACUUUAGACAAAUAACAUCGAUUUACAUUUUAUAAGUACACGAAACCAAACAUCUCCCCGAAAAUUAUAUUGUAUUCCAUUUAUAGCGAUUCAUUGGUCCUCUCAAUCGUAUGCUAAUGUAUGUGACACCUAAAUGAACCUAUGCCAAACAAAAAGGGUGACACCUAAAUCCACAAGAAUGCAGUGACAAUGGCCAUAGCAAGCAACUGAAAGAGCAAGUCUAUAGACUUUAUUGUUUUAGAUUUGAUGAAAUGGUGGUUUGGGAAGAUUCACUUAUGAGGAGCCUGAUAAAGAAAGAACAAGAAGAAGAACGAUCAGAGAUAUACAGAAGUUACAAAGGAAAAUGAAAGGGAAAGAAAGGAUGGAGAUAUUCGCUUACAGUCAUAGUUAUUAGUUGACACAUCCCAAUCCGUUUAACGCUCCAAAAUCCAAAUUGUACACAAAAAUCUUGUCUUUCAAACAAGAUCUGGACAUGAAUGCAAAUGACAACCAAAUCGGACCUAUUAAACAAAUGACAAUCAAAGAGAACAAUCGGGCGAAUCCCAGAGGAAACCACAUCACAAUUUUGAGACUUCAAUAAAACAGAGUAACUAUUAAACCAUAAGAAAACCCAAAGAAACACACCCGUAGAGAGACGGACAUGCCUCGCUCGAUCCUAGCUCUAUAGUGCUCCACAAAAACCACCGAGGAAUUAAGAGGAACCAUCCUCUCUAAAUAGAGAACAAUAUCUGUCGGUGAAGAUCGACAUUGGCAAGAAUCACCUGUUGCAUGGGGCUUGAAAGUUUCUACUCAACAAAACGGUGUCGCUCCAUAUAUCGCUCCCUGCAUGGUUAGAACGGUGCCGCAUCAUCAAGCCAAGUAUCGUCCUUCGCAAGUGUUCCUUCUUUCUCGAGCUUUUCAUUUCUCAGACCUCCGCUCCCCACACCAGAAUCCAGGUCGCCGACCAUCACCUCUACUCCUUGCAAUGAUGGCCACUACAAUAUAAGGAACACGUCUGCUAUUCAAACGGUCACUUUGUGAUCGCGUGUAUAUAGAAGUCAAAUGAGUCAUUAGAUGUGUGACUGUUGUGAGAAAGUGAGAUUGGGGAAUCUGCUUUGUUUGUCACCGGUCCUUUCUUGAUCUAACUUCAGUAGAUCAAUCAUAGGGUGUGUAAACCGGGUGAUUGAUUCUUGGGAAGUGAGGGUUUGAGUGUUGUGUUUUCUUUUUUCAAAGAGCCAAGCUUCUUGGCUUGGCUUGGGUUCUUGCUUUUUAUGCAGUGUGUAAUCUUUCGAAAUCAAUAAAAGCACAUUUUUUCCUUUCACUCUGAUUCUACAAUUGGUAUCAGAGCUUGCUCUUUGAAGGAUUAAUCAUCGCCAAAGAGUACUGUUUAUAAUGUCAGGAUCCUCGUCAGCUGCAGUCUCCUAUUCUGCGAAUACGAAUCCGCCAUGGUUCGAUGGAACAGACUACACAGUCUGGAAAAAGAGAAUGAUGAUCUAUCUUUGCGGAGUUGAUGGGGAGCUAUGGGUAGUUGUACGAAAAGGACCUAUUCCUAUGGAUGAGGAAGAUGAAGAAGAGUGGAAAGAAGAACAGAAGAUAUCAUCUCAGCUCGAUUCACGAGCUAUGCACAUACUGUUUUCAGCACUUUGCCCUGAGGAACGGAGUCAGGUUGCGCAAUGUGAGUCAGCCUGAGAGAUUUGGGAGUCUCUUCAGACAACCCAUGAAGGUACGUCUGAAGUAAAAGAAAGUAGAAUUGAUGUCCUGUUAAAUGAAUAUGAAUCAUUCGAAAUGAGCUCAGGAGAAUCAAUAUCUAGAAUGUACAAACGGUUUAAUGAUCUGAUCAAUAGAUUAAAAGGUCUAGGAAAACUGUUUGAAACAAAGGAUUUAGUUCGCAAAAUCUUAAGGUGUCUACCCAGGGAAUGGUUACCUAAGCGAACUGCUAUUGAGGAGGCUAAAGAUUUGAACACAUUAUCUAUUGAGAGGCUUGUUGGAUCUUUGCUUAGCCAUGAAGAAGUAAUAAUACAAAUGAAUAAAGAUGAUCAUA